UUUUUUCCGUUUCGUUUGGAAAUUUAUUUUAUUAGAGUUCAUUUUUUUUUUACAAAUAUGGUCAUUACAGUGCAAGAGAUAAAAUGGAGUCAAACACCUGAGGAAGUUCAUGUGCAAAUAUUUUUUUCCAAAGGUUACAAUCCAAAAAGGUCGCAUAUCUUUACUAGUAAUGAUUUCAUCAAGAUUAAUUGCCCUCCUUUUUUUCGUGAGAUCUUCUUGUCUCAUCCCAUCAAUGAGCCUCAGAGUAGGUGUCGUUUGCUGCAAAAUGAAAUCAGAUUUAUAUUAAUCAAGUCUGCUAUUGAAGAAUGGGAAACCCUUGAAAAGAUAGAGAAACAUUCCGAUAACAUCCAUAAAAAAGAAGACAUCGAAAACAUGUUGAGAAUUGCUCAUAUAAGACAACAGCAGGAAGCACAGGAAAAACUUGAGAAAAAAGUACUUGUGAAGCGUAAAGAUGUUGAAAAAAUAAUAAAGCGUGAAUCUGAAAUCAGACUCAAGACAAGUGAAAAUGAUAGAGAAAUUAUGCAACAUGGAAAAAACAAUAUUGAAGAAAUACAGCUGAAAAAAGACAAGGAACAGACAACGUUAGAAAAAACUAAGGAAUUAACCAUAAAUUCUAUACCACAUAUUCGAAGUCAGGAAACUAUUACUGUGGAAUUUACUAACCGAAGAUUCCCAACUCCUAAGCGUGAGUCUCAGAACGAUUUGGAAGAUGAAUGGAUCAGAAAUCAGCUCCAAAAGAAAUAAGUUGUUGAUACUUUAUUAAUGAACAUAAAUAGACCAGCAUUGAGGUUAACAUUACACUCCACUAGCAAUCCCAAC